AUGCUCAAUUCCAAGAGUCAGCCCCGUCAAAAUACUCCUGUCAAAGACCAUAGGUCUGCUACGGAGUAUAGGCUUUCGUUUUCUAGCAAUCCUGGGUCAAGACGUUCAUCACUGGGUACCGCCAACAAUAUCGAUGGAUCAGAUGCCGAAAGUGUGGUGAAUACCUAUCUUCUGCCCCAAAUAAGGGAACUAUCAGAUGCUGUGAUAACCUUAGACAGUAAUUUUACACAAAUGAACUUCAUACAUGAAAGCCUGGUCGAUCUGAAUGAAUCGAUAAGCGCUCUACUCUACGGACUGAUGUGCAAUUCAUGGUGCGUAGACUUUCCUAAUAUGCCACACGACACCGGCGCCGAGAUUAACUUUAUACAAACCUUGCGAAACCUAGAAGAGGAGAAACAACAGAUCUUGGUUCAGAUUACGCGUUUACACGCGGAAAACGCGAAACCGGCAACUGAAUCUUCAAUACAAGAUUCAACGCGGAAACGGGCCAACCCUUAUGCGCUAAGCAUGCGUACUUCACCCCAAAGACAGUGGAGUCCAGAGACUGCCCAGCCUGGUAAUGGUCUAGAUUAUCACGAAGAAGACAACACUGGCGCUUCUUUCAUAUCAAACCCUGCGGUUGUUGAUACAAAUGCAUCAGCAGCUGAAAGGUCGCGCCGAUUGCGUCGAAAAUCCAUCCUUCAUACUAUGCGAAGCAGCGGGGCAGGCACAAAGGAAAUAAUGGGCCCCGAGAAAAGGCGAUCUUUAGCCGUAAGUGCAUCGCGCAUUGUCGAUCCGUUACGAAGAACAGCUUCGCGCUCGGGCCCCUCCAGGAUCGCUCCGUCGUCCAGUAAAGAUCUUAAGACUCCUAAAAAGUGGUCUACAAGUGAUUCAAGACCUCCGUUCAGGUGA